AGAACAACACGUUCGCGAAUCUCUGAGCAGAAGAGGUGCGGCGCUUCAACUUCAAACAGUGUCAAACCAGAGUCAGUCUGUAUCUCACACCCGACAGAGGACUCGACAGACCUGGACAUUUCCAUUUCUUUCCACUGUUGAAAGCUUUACUUCAGCUCUGCACUGAGGAGAUUCGGGAACCGCUCAGAUUCUCGGCAUGGCUUCCACAACCUGCACCAGGUUCACCGACGAGUAUCAGCUGUACGAGGAACUGGGGAAAGGAGCUUUUUCUGUGGUGAGGAGAUGUAUGAAAAUCUCUUCUGGUCAGGAAUAUGCGGCCAAAAUCAUCAACACUAAAAAGCUUUCUGCCAGGGAUCACCAAAAAUUGGAACGAGAGGCUCGAAUUUGUCGUCUACUCAAGCAUGCCAACAUCGUGAGGCUCCAUGACAGUAUAUCAGAGGAGGGUGUUCACUACCUCGUCUUUGAUUUAGUCACCGGAGGAGAGCUGUUCGAAGAUAUCGUGGCCAGAGAGUAUUACAGCGAGGCUGACGCCAGUCAUUGCAUUCAGCAGAUCCUUGAGGCUGUUCUCCACUGCCACCAGAUGGGGGUGGUCCAUCGGGACCUGAAGCCAGAGAACCUUCUCCUCGCCAGCAAACUGAAGGGCGCCGCGGUGAAGCUGGCCGACUUCGGGCUGGCCAUCGAGGUGCAGGGAGACCAGCAAGCCUGGUUCGGGUUUGCUGGAACACCGGGUUAUCUGUCUCCCGAAGUGCUGAGGAAGGAGCCGUACGGCAAACCGGUGGACAUGUGGGCAUGUGGUGUGAUCCUCUACAUCCUCCUCGUGGGUUAUCCUCCGUUCUGGGACGAGGACCAGCAUCGGCUUUACCAGCAGAUCAAAGCCGGCGCGUACGACUUUCCAUCUCCAGAGUGGGACACAGUGACACCAGAGGCCAAAGAUCUGAUCAACAAGAUGUUGACUAUAAACCCUGCCAAACGCAUCACAGCAGCUGAGGCCCUCAAACACCCCUGGAUCUGUCAACGCUCGACGGUGGCGUCCAUGAUGCACCGCCAGGAGACGGUGGAGUGCCUGAAGAAGUUCAACGCCAGGAGGAAGCUUAAAGGAGCUAUCCUGACGACCAUGCUGGCCACUCGAAACUUCUCAAGCAAGAAUCCAUACAAGAAGCCUGAUGGUGUUAAGGAGCCUCAAACUACUGUAAUCCACAAUCCCACUGAUGGAAACAAGGAAUCAUCAGAAAGUGCCAACACCACAAUUGAAGACGAGGACAUUAAAGUUUACCGCCUGCCUACUAGAAUAUAUAAGCCUGAACGAUCUCAUUCCCGUGAGUCUAGUUCUUCCUCUUCCUCCUCCUCCUCCAUCUCCUGGUUCUUCCCAAACAUGUGUCCUGAAGAAGUCUGCUGUAACCUCAUUCUCAGAGCCCUCCUGGCUCUAUACCUGCUGGUUUUCCUAUCUGCCCUUUUGGCGUUCCUCUACGCCAACUCAACAGCCGAUUGUGGCCAGUGCAUUAUUCCCAAAGCUGCUCCCAAAAGAUCUCAGCUAAUCCAGAACCACGUCACCAUUCAGUCGAGGAAACAGGAGAUCAUUAAAGUCACGGAGCUGCUGAUCGAAGCCAUUAAUAACGGAGAUUUCGAAGCGUACACGAAGAUCUGUGACCCUGGACUGACCUCUUUCGAACCCGAAGCGUUGGGAAACCUGGUGGAGGGGACGGACUUCCACAGGUUCUACUUUGAGAACGCUCUCUCCAAAGGCCACAAACCCAUCCACACCAUCCUGCUGAACCCUCACGUACACCUGAUCGGUGAGGACGCCGCGUGCGUGGCGUAUAUACGGCUCACCCAAUACAUGGAUGUCAACAAUACGCCUCGCACCAUGCAGUCGGAGGAAACGCGUGUGUGGCAUCGCCGGGACGGAAAAUGGCAGAAUAUCCACUUCCACCGCUCUGGCUCGCCAACUGUGCCCAACAAGUGA